CCAACAGCCCCAAAAAUAAUGUAAUCGCAGUUUCCAAAGCUCCUCUUCCGCUUCUCUCUUUCUUUCUCCAGUAGAUCCCUAACCAAGAUUCGAUCUUUCCCCACUCCAGAGCCGUAGAUCUCCGCUUCCUUUUGCACGCCCCUCGAUCUCGACUCCCCUUUCACAAAAUGCGGCUUUCACUCUAACAAAGAUCCGAUGGCAAUGCGAGGGGUCGAUUUCAAGUGGUACGAUGGAUUCUUCUUGUCGAUGCUCGCCACAAGCGUGAUAAUUGUGUCGAUCAAGUGGAAUCGUUACCAUCUUUGUGUUCAUCCACUGCAUAUAUGGAUUGUGGUGGAUUAUUCUUCGGUUUUCAUGUUUCGGCUGCUGAUGUUUGUAGAUAAUGGGCUCGCUGCUGGAAUGGGUUUAGACCUCGGAUGGCAGCAACGAUAUGCUCGGUUUGUUGGAAGAAUUGUUGUCCUUUCGAUUCUCGUUCUUCUUCUCUAUCCAUUUCUCUGCUUCUGGACAGUAAUUGGCACACUAUGGUUUUGUAGCUCAAAAAGCUGUUUGCCUGAGGAUGGUCAAAAAUGGGGUUUCCUUAUAUGGCUUAGUUUCAGCUAUUGCGGUCUUGUUUGCAUCGCUUGCAUGGCCACCUCGAAGUGGCUAGUGCGAAGGAGAGCUCAUUUACAGCGUGCUCAACAAGGAAUUCCGGUUUCAGAAUAUGGGGUUUUGGUUGACAUGAUUCGUGUGCCUGAUUGGGCGUUUGAAGCUGCUGGUCAGGAAAUGAGGGGAAUGGGCCAAGAUACUGCCUACCAUCCGGGACUUUACCUGACACCGACCCAGAGGGAUGCAGUUGAGGCUCUUAUUCAAGAACUUCCAAAGUUUAGGCUUAAGGCUGUCCCAACUGAUUGUAGCGAAUGCCCUAUCUGCCUCGAAGAGUUCUGUGUUGGGAAUGAGGUACGGGGGCUUCCCUGUGCACAUAACUUCCACGUGGACUGCAUCGACCAGUGGCUUCGUCUCAAUGUAAAAUGUCCACGCUGCCGCUGCUCAGUCUUCCCCAACCUCGACCUCAGCGCCCUCUCCAAUAUCCGCACAUCCGACACAGACUCUAACGGCGCCACCACCAACCAAGCAACGAUGACCACCACCACCAUAACUGCAGCCGCCGCCAAUCGGUAUGUGCGGUCACAGCAUCCGGCGGCUGGCCAGAGCUACCUCCUCCGCCUUCAAGGGCUGCUCAGACCGGUGGUUCGCUCUGAGCAUCACGAGGAGAAUGGAUUUCAUACGGUGGUGGUUGUAUCGGAGGAGAGUUCGAUGACACCUGCAGCUGAUCGUGUUGCGCAUUGAUCGGAUACAUAUUUUGUCUGUCUUAACCCAAGACCUUUUUUUGAAAUGCUAAUGUACUAUAUUUUUGGUACUAUUGUUAUACUCAAAUGCAAUGACAGAGAUGCGAGAUCCUCUUUCAUCUUGUCAUUUUACCUGCAGUAUGAAAGUAGUAUCAAGGAUAUAAUACAUUUAAUACUACCUUUUUGUCGGCCAUUGAUGCUCACAUAAGGGGGAAAAGAUUUCUACAUAAGGGAAUUUUUUUUUUCUUUUUUUUAUACCUCCAAAUGUAAAUGUUGAAAGACAAUUUAUGUUGCUUGGUUAUCAGUAUCCAACUGCAUUGAGUUUU